AUGAACGUGUUUAGAGGAUUAAUAUCUAUUCCCCGUAUAUCGUGUGUGUCACAGAUAUAUUCAGCUAGACAAUUAUCAUCAACAUUGCCAUUAUCAACUAAAAGAACUUAUGACAAAUUUUAUAAAAUCACCAAACAAUUACAACCAAUCGAUAAGAAUGUUUACGAAAUUGGCCAAGAACGUCCAGACAACAUAAGUAUCCCUAAAGAUUUACCUGAAUUUCCAAAAUAUGAGUAUGAACCUCGUUUUUUCAAAAGACAAAACCGUGGAUUAUAUGGUGGGUUACAACGUAAACGUUCCAAAUCAUGUUCUGAAUAUUUAAAUAAAACAUUAAGAGCUCAUAGACCAAAUGCUCAAUGGACAAAAUUAUGGUCAGAAACUUUGAACAGGAGAUUACGUUUACGUGUUGCCACCAGAGUAUUAAAAACUAUAUCUAAAGAAGGAGGGUUAGACCAAUAUUUAUUGAAAAGCACCCCAGCCAGAGUUAAAACUAUGGGAUUAAAAGCGUGGCAAUUAAGAUACAGAAUAUUACAAGAAAGGGAACAAAAACAGAGAGGAAAUGUCACCCUACUGGAUGGUACAACUAAGCCAAUCCAAUAUAUCAGCUCCAAUGGUUUGAAAUUCCAUGCCACUAAAGAUGCUAUGUUAUCUGAAUUAUAUGAAGCUGUCCAAAGAGAUUCAUAUUACCCAAUUAAACCUUUUCAUUUCGAAAGAGACUACAGUUGGUUGUCGUAUGAAGAAAUUGUUAAGAAAUUAGAACAAUACAAUUGGGAUUUUUCCGAAUUAGCUACCAAAUAA